AUGGACCAAUCAACUCAUUCCAAGCGUCUGGACGGUCUCUUCCUCCUGGCAGGGAGCAGGAUGAACCAAUCAAGUCCAACCAAAAGUCCAGAUAGUCAUGGCGGACGGCAGCUGAGCAAACAGCCAGCAGACCACAGUGACCACUUCAAACAGCGUGCUCAGUUUGCUCACGACAUCGCCAGGCGUCUUGCAGAUGGAGCAAACCUGGAAAACAUUGCGCACCAGUCCAACAUGACCGUGGAUCAGAUUGUCCGGAUGGUGGCCAUGUUUGCGGUGCAGGCGGGUGAAGUUGGUAAAGAGGAGAUGUACAUCGUCUUCGCAGAGAACGAAGAGGGCAAAGGCCACCACGAUCGGCGAUGGCGUGCAGGAGAGCGUGAAGAACAAGAAUGA